AUGGCCACAUACGCACUGCACCACACUGAUGGAUCACAUACGUACCGCACCACACUGAUGGCCACAUACCGCACCACACUGAUGGCCACAUACUGCACCACACUGAUGGCCAUCAUCCGCAACCACACUGAUGGGCCGGCUCUCCUCCCACCUCUUUCGCCCGGCCCGGCCCGGCCUGGCCCGGCUCCGCUCGGGCCCGGCCCGCCCGGCUCUCUUGCCCGCCCGCCCGCCCGCCCGCCCGCCCGACGCCCGCCCGGCCCGGCUCGGCUCAGCUCCGGCCCGGCUCUGUCGCCCGGCCCGGCUUGUUCCGGCCCGGCCUGGCCUGACCUGGCUCUGCCCAACCCGGCUCAGCCCCGCGCUCUUGCCCGCCCGCCCGCCUCGCCCGCCCGCUCACAGUGCCUGCCUGGCUCGGCUCGGCUGGCUCUGCCGCCCCGCCCACCUGCCCGGCUUUUCCCUGCCCGGCCCAACCUGGCCCGGCCUGGCCCUGCUUUCCGCCUGGCCGCCCGGCUCCGUCUGCCCGGCUCUCGCCCGGCUCUGCCCCUGCCCGGCCUUCCCGCCUCUGCCCCGCCCCGCCUCCCGGCUCGGCUCGGCCUGCCUGCCCGCCCGGCCUGCUCCACCUGGUUUGCCUCGCCCUCGCUCGGCUUCUCACCCGACCUGCCCGGCUGUCUCGCCUGA